AUGGAGCGCCUCCCGCAAGAAGUGGUGGCCAAAAUAGCCGGAUAUCUUCCCGAUCGGCACGAGGGAAAGCGGAUUCGACCAGCGCUCGCUACAUUGUCACGUUCCUGGCAGUCUGCCAUUGAGCCCUUCACUUUCAAAUCCCUCCACAUUACGAGCGACGAUCUUAAAAAAUUCUAUCCUGCCUUUGCGGGCUGUUGGACGCGUCGUCGUUUCCUCCGGGAUCUUCACCUGGACAUUGUCUUGCCGCGAUACAGCGAUGAAGACUGCGCCAAAUAUGAGACGGCAGACGACAGAGCUGCAAACAACGAAGUUUUAAGUCAUCACACAUCAGCUCUACUUCAAGAAUUAUCUCAGUGGCCCGCUGGUGGCAAGCUGAACCUUGUCAUCGGUUUGUACUCGCCCAUGGACGAUGCUCAUCGUGGUCCAGAGAAGUUCGAUCACGAUCAUCACGAAGUUGCCCUGGGUAGGCGGCAGGAUAUCUUUAGCGAGCGAUACAGAUACUCGUAUAUUCGCUUUAUCGACACAUCUCUAGCUGUUGUUCCCUGUGUCACGUCGUUGUAUGCGCAUACCGGCCCACGAUAUCUGGACCCAGGCAGCCUGGUCGCACUGACGGCUGCGUUUCCCAAUUUGGAGCGGAUUAAUUGGCCUUACGAGGAUCCAGCCUAUUUCUUAGCCCUGCGCCGCCAGCAGAUUCAGGAGUUCGCCAGUGCAGUCGCUGAUUUUCAACCACCGUCUACGUGCAAGACCCUGUUCAUAAACAUCAAUUCGCCGUGGUACCCACACAAGGAGAGACUUCCCGAUCUCAAUUCCGGCGACGAUUCGUUCUGUGGCGCACUGUGCGCCAUGCUGAGCAGGAGCAAUAUCCAGCGCCUCGAUUAUGAAGGACCCAUUGAUCCGACGCUUUUCUGGCCCCAAGAAUCCCACAAGACCGACGAUACCUCCUCUUGGAAGUCCUUACACGAAAUAGAAGUUCGCUUUGGUCUGGGAAGCCUCGCAGGCCAAUGGUUCUUCAAGGGUCUGAACGAUGACCGGUUUUACGAUCAGAGCAGCGAUGUCCCGCUGCCCCAGGACGCGGCAGGUCUCCUCCCACCCGGAUACUAUGACAGCGAUGAGGAAAACGAGGAGGCGAUAGCACUGGUCAAGGCGAUGGAAAUGCCCAAUGACGAGGAUGGGUUCGUCGUAGAGGGCUGCGAGUUUCGAUGCUUCCCGCGAGAUGAGGCCAUCAUCCCCCUGCUGACGGCCGUCGCGCGCCGGCUCUCCCAUACGCCGUCGCUCCGGACCGUCUACCUGGAAACGACGCUUCCGCGGGAUAAGGGGGUGUGGUUCUUUUCAUUCCAUAUGCCGGGCGAGAUGAGCGAUUGGGACGAGUACGUGGAUUGUGAGGGCUCAGCAUGUGACGACCCUUGUCUCGCGCACGUGUGUUUCUGCACGCUGAAGACUGGCGGCCGGAUGAAGGGGUAG